UUAUUUGCAUGGACUAAACUCCGAGUAGGAACCGCGAAAGGGAGUAGAUUUUGCCCUUUUCUUGAGUUCGAAAUGGAUGCACCACCAACCAUCGAGACGGUUAUUCAGGCCAUUUCGGCCCUCUACCACAAUCCUGAUGCCUCAGAGAAGGAAAGGGCGUCCCGGUGGCUGCAGGAAUUCCAACGAUCCGUGCAUUCCUGGCAGAUCUCAGACCAGCUGUUGAGGAUGAAGCAAGACGUGGAGGUGUGUUACUUUGCUGCACAGACAAUGCGAUCCAAGAUCCAAUACUCUUUCCACGAGCUACCACCGGACUCCCACCAAGCCCUGAGGGACUCCCUCAUCAUCCACAUUGAGAGCCUCAACGAUCCCAACUACCAGAUCAUCCUGACCCAGCUAUGCCUGGCCCUGUCCGACCUGGCACUGCAGAUGGUUAUGUGGAAGAACUCUCCAAAUUAUCUGAUUCAGAGGUUUGCUGCUGGUACCUCCCAGAUUCCGAUCCUCCUUGAGUUACUGACGGUCUUACCAGAAGAGGUCCAUAGCCGGUCCCUACGUCUCGGCAUGAACAGGAGAGAAGAAUUCACUCACGAGUUGGCCCAGGUCGCUCCGACGGUCGUCCGAAUCAUGGGAGCCUGCUGUGAGACGUCCAUGGGAGAUCACCGUCUUCUAGGCCGGAUCUUCAAGUGUCUCUCUAGCUGGUUCUAUCCCGGCAUCUUACCCAGCAAUGACGUGGCUGGCAGCUCGCUUGUCAACUUGCUCCUUGAUGUCCUGAAGAAGCCCGACACCCCUUCUAUGCUGCACGAAGCAGCCAGCGACUGUAUCUGCUCAGCGCUGUAUGCCAUGGAGGAUAUAGAGGAGCAUCUAUCCCUAGCGGAGACGCUCUACAGGGGUAUCAUGCAGCUACCUGAAUCCUAUGCACUGGUUGUCGCUGGUGAAGAUGUGGAUAAGGCGAUCAACUACAGCAGGAUAUUCACAGAACUGGCUGAAGCGUUCAUGGAAGUCAUGGUGGAAACACCAAAUCAGGGUCUGGGAGAUUUGAGCAUUCUGGAUGCUGUGCUGACCUGCGUAGGUCACUGCCAGUACGAGGUGGCGGAAAUCACCUUCAACUUCUUCUACCGCCUCUCCGAGAUCCUCUACAAGAGGCGACAGGACAAACUGAACGAGAUCUACCGGCCCUACAUCGAGCGGCUCGUCAAUGCCUUGAGCACGCACUGCCAGAUGGAUUCAGAUCAUGAAGGUGUCCCAGACGAGAACGAUGAUUUUGGUGACUUCAGGAUCAGGGUCUCAGAACUCAUCAAAGAUGUCAUCUUCCUGGUCGGGUCAACCACCUGCUUCUCACAGAUGUUCCGAAACUUAGCUAGUCAGGGCUCGACUGUCACGUGGUACGUCACGGAGGCCUCACUGUUUGUCAUGUCGUCAGUUGCUAAGAAUGUUUUGCCUGAUGAGAACGGCGUGGUUCCGCAAGUCAUCCAAGCAAUCCUUGCCCUACCAGAUGAGACCCACGUUGCGGUCAAGCACACCAGCAUCCAGAUGCUGGGAGAAUUAUCGGAGUGGAUCGAUACUCACCCACAGACCAUCGAGCCCAUUCUCAACUUCCUAACCAACGGUCUGAGGAACAGCCAGCUGUCUUCGGUAGCAGCGACCGCCAUCCAGAGCAUCUGCAAGACCUGCCAGGACCACCUGGCCUCGCACCUGGAGGGCCUCCUGCAGAUUGCCCAGGCUGUGGAUGCCUUCAACCUGUCGCAAGAGGCUGCCAUAGGGCUGAUAGAAGGUACAGCGUUAGUUCUGACCAGGAUGCCACUAGAGAAGAUACAGGAAGGCCUCAAGCAGUUGAUGUUGGCUCAGGUCACUCCGCUUAGCCAGGUGUUAAAGGGAGAUACUGAACGGAAGUCAAGUUUGUCUAGUGAUCCGACUGUUUGGCUCGAUAGAAUAGCUGCAAUAUUUAAAAAUACAAACCCCGCCAUCACCAACGGGCAGACCCAUCCCUGCCAAGCCAUCCUGCAGGAAAUCUGGCCAGUACUAUCCAACACGUGCAAUACAUAUCAGGGUGAUAUCCGCAUCAUCGAGCGCUGCUGUCGCUGCAUACGCUUUGCUAUCCGCUGCGUGGGUAAAGGCUCGGCGCUGCUUCUAACUCCACUAGUUACGCAGAUGGUAACAAUAUACCAGGCCCAUCAGCAUUCGUGUUUCCUGUACCUUGGUAGUAUAUUAGUCCAUGAAUAUGGGGACGAUCCUGGCUGUAUACCUGGCAUCAUAGACAUGCUGCAAGCUUUCAUAGUACCAACCUUCCAGAUUCUACAGCAACCCCAGGGCCUGAGGAAUCACCCAGAUGUAGUGGAUGACUUCUUCAGACUCUGCUCAAGGUUACUCCAGAAGUGUCCCGUAGCGUUUCUACAGUGUUCAUCUGUGGAACCCAUCAUGGAGUGUGCAUUGGCUGCCAUGUCGCUGGAUCACAGGGAAGCUAACGCCUCCGUCUGCAAAUUCUUUCAUGAGCUCACGCUGGGCGCCGUAUCAAAAUGGGAGAGUCAAGACUAUGACACAAGAAAAAACUUGAUCUUGAGUCUUCUGGAGAAACACGGUCCGGCCAUCACCACUCGGAUCAUCAAUGCCUGUGUCUUCUAUCUUCCUUCCUACAUGAUGCCAGACAUCUCAGAGGUCCUCUUUGAGUUGAUCCGAGUCAACAGAGAGACAACAUCGACUUGGCUUGAGGCCGCUCUCAAGUCCCUCCCGGUAGAGACACAAGACGGUAGAAUCAAUGCAACGCAGAAACAGCUGACGGACUUCCACAAGACUGUCACAAGUGCUGAGGAGCUCAUCACAGUCACCUAUGCCAUGAGGGACUUCACUCGCCUCUUCAGAUGAUCAACGCCGGCCACCUCGGCCAUUUCAUUAGCCAAACCUUCUGGGAGGAUUCUACUCGCCCAGUUAGCCGAUCUAUCCGAGGGAAGAUGGAGCAUUUCUGACCCACUGUUUGCCCUUGCUUUGACCCUGGUACCUUGUGAGAACCUACAUAAGUCCUUUUGCACGGUUGGCUUGAACGAGAAGCUUCACGACGAGCUUCUACUUACAUUAUAAAGAUACGAAAGGUUUGUUAAGUAAGUUCAGCUUAGUCUUAGCUCAAGAUUGGAUUUGUCGUUUUGUUUUCCUAAUUCCAAGUUACGAACCCUGGUAAGCUUGAUCAAGCUGCCGUUGUGGUAGAGGGCGCUAUAACAAACAGAUGAAUCAGGUCCAGUCUUGGGUAACUUUGGCAUACCGGCCCAAGAAUUUUGAGCCUAACUCACCCGUGUCCAUUAGCAUGAAUACAGCAUGCGUGAGGUAUGCUUUGAAUUUCUCAGGUCGACACGGAUUCCCAAAACUGCACGGUGAUUCAUCCUGUUGAUAGCGCCCUGCAUAGGGCUGUCUGCAUUAGGAGAACAACAUCAAAGUACAGUCUUGGAGCGAAACUAAGUUCCGCCCAGCUUUUGUUC